AUCGCUCGAUGACCUGAGCCUUCAUCAUGAGUGACGAAACUCCUAGGAUACCUUCGUCCUUUCCAAGGUCUCCUGUUACUAUCCGAGCACGCCGGGCACCUCCUUCGCCCUCACCUCUAACCCGGGCAUCUCCACCUCGUUCAGUAGGUACGACUGUAUCUGCCUCCGUAACAUCUACAAUCUCAACAGGUCCAAGGACUAGUGCUCCGCCUAGCAUAGUACAAACUGGAGACGUUGCUCUUCCACCAUUAAUAUCGCUCGAUACACUAGAUGCACCGACACAGCGCUUAUACACCGUUGGCUUCUUUGUCCUUCUACAAGCGUGGAAGUUUUACGACAUCGCGCGAUUGUAUACUACAGAUGGGGACUCGAUAUCCGAGCUGUGGUUCUGCUCUAAAUGGCUGGUUCUAGACGGCUGCUUCUUUUGGUUUUUGCCGUUACUUCGGAUACCCUGGCUCACCUUCACGCCGAAUUUCACCUUACGUACAAUAGCGAUUUUCUCGGUCGUGGACAUCUUCUUUAGCCUGAAAUAUGAGAUACCUAUUACUGCGAUUCUUGGGGGCCUUUGGAAGUGUGAGCGGCCCCUUGUUUGCGGUUGGUCGUUGAGUCCGUAGCUGAUUCCACUGCGUUUAGUUGUUUAUGAUCGUGAGGUUUCCAUUUCUGAGAAAAGUGUCAAGUGGUACGAUAUCGUAAACAACAACUCCCACAUCCAGGGAAAGUAUACGGUUCAUAUUUUACCCGAAGGGUGCGUUCCUUCCCAUUUGAUUGUUGUUUCCGAGCUUACUCUUACAGUGCCGUCGAACUGAAUCCGAAUGCAAACUGUUUCUGUUUGGGAGAGGGUGUCGCAGCAAUUGAUCUUCCUGUUCGCAUUAAUGGAACGAAUCCUAUCCACAUUCAACUUGCCAGAAUUGAUUUUGAGACUGGGGGCGCGGAUAUGAUCGAUAUUAGCGCUAAGGAGAUUAAAAAGAUGCUCAAACGGGCCGAGAAAGGCGAGGAUCCAAAAUUACAGGUUCUCUCGUAUUCGGUCAAACAGCCUGGUCUUUAUCGUCUUACUAAAGUGACAGACGUGACGCAAUUGGAUGUUCGCAUUUAUCGAUCUGAGGCUCUUGUCGUUUCCUGUCCGAAGGCGACCCUCAAAGUUUCCCCUUCGUACAAACGGAAUAAGUGCAAGGGAGAUAUGUCGGAUCUUUCUCUACAAGUAGAGGGCCUUGCACCCCUUCAAAUCACCUAUAGCCGUGAGAUGAGGGGAAAGCCUACUGUGUUUACGGUCCAAAGUAUUCAUCCCGAAAACUUCGAAUCGCCCCUUCUUGCUGGAUUCAGCAGAGAUGGAACAUUGGCCGAGCAGGGUGAUGCUACCCUAUCCUGGGCACAGCGCCAGAAUAUCCCCGUACCUCUUAACGAAUCGCUUGGUUCUUCCGGCGACUGGGUCUAUUCAGUGGAUAAGGUUUCUGAUGCCUGCGGCAACACUAUCGAUUACAAUGCUGCUUAUGAGGACGGUGAUUAUGUCGUUCCUAAGAGAGGUAGCCUUUCGCAAAACCUUAAGGUUCAUGAUAGGCCACUUGCCCGCUUUCUUGGCUGCGAUCCUCAGCAUCCAAUGGAUUUGCCGAAGGGAACCACUGGGGUUCUUCCUGUGCAGCUCUUGUCUGGUCAAGAUGAUGCGCCAUACGAGGUUGAGGUUACUUUCACGCCGUACGAUAAGCUUGAGUUAGCCUCGGAGCACGCUUCAGAUGCAGCGGCGAAAAUACAUAAACUCAAGACUCUUAGCCAAGUUGUCUCCAUCAAGGAGCCUGGUCUUUAUAGUGUGAAGACAAUUUCCAGUGACUUUUGUUCUGGCGAUGUGAUGGAGCCUGCUUCAUGUCUUGUCAUUACGCCUCCUGAACCGAGCAUGGCUAUGAGAUCCGACGAGAUACUCGAUAAAUGCACCGGGUCGUCGAUUGGUCUUACGAUCGAUCUUACACUUGUUGGAGCCCCACCGUUCGAACUUUCCUAUCGCCUUAUCAAAGACAAUGGGAGCCCGGCAGUCAAGACUUUGACAAUCGAACGCACUAGACAUCAAGUGCAAUUCACCCCCGCGGAUGCUGGUCACUACGCAUAUGAAUUUUUCAGUCUGCGAGACAAGAAUUAUGCUAAUGUCAAGAUCGAUCCAAGAAUCAAUCAUGUGGAGCAAACUGUCAAACCUAUGGCUGGGGCAACCUUUGUCGAUCCCUCUCCUAGAAAGAAGGCCUGCAUUGAUCAGCCUGUUGAAUUUGACGUCAAGAUGCAAGGGAUGCCCCCAUUAACAUUGAACUACGAGCUCAUUCAUAAUGGCAAAAGAACAAGAAUGACGGAACCUAACAUAUCGACCGGCAUCCAUAAAAUAAGGACUCCUCCAUUGGCAAAUGGCGGAGAAUAUGCGCUGGCCCUGACUACGGUUGAGGAUGAGAGCGGUUGCCAGAUCUUUGUUGGGUCUGAGGCUAAGAUCGAUGUCAGGUGGCAGAGGCCGAAGGCACAGUUUUCGUCAGUUGAGGGCAAGAUGUCCGUAAGAGCUCUGGAAGGGAAGACCGUAGACAUUCCAUUACGCUUGACCGGCGAGAGUGUGAGAAUUCCUUUUGUCUUUCGUCACCGGGCUGAUGGAUUUACUAACAUUGCUUUUUAGCCUUGGGAUGUAUCGAUUCGAAACAUAGACAGUAAUGAGGCUGCUAGACAGCUCAAGUUUUCUGGUUCCAACGCCUACCUAACCGUCAAGGACCCCGGUCGGUACAAGCUUGAGAGCGUGCACGACAAUGGGUGCCCUGGAACAAUAACCGAGUCAGACGGCACGUUUCUAAUCACCUGGAUAGCAAGACCGAUGUUGAAGCUAGCAGAAUCUUCAUCCACAGCCAAGGGUGAUGUGUUCACAAGAAAAGAUGUUUGCCAAGGAGAUGAAGAUGCCGUCGAGCUUGCCUUCGUUGGGAGCCCGCCUUUUACAAUUGACUACGAACGCACCUUCAGACCUGAGGGCUUUGAUUCUAGAAGAGCGCUUGACCCAAUUCCCCAGAAACUUACUGCUGGUCUUGGCGUUGCUACCGUGCGCUUAGAGACAUCUCGGGCUGGUCUCAACCGGUACAAGUUUUCUCGGAUUGCAGAUAGUCUUUACGACAAUCCACGAGAGAGCCUUGUCCAGAAUCCCAUUAUCCUCGAGCAGACUAUCCACUCGAGGCCGUUCACGAGUUUCGCAAAUCCUACUAAGGUCUAUAAGUAUUGUUUGGAUUCCGGCGCAGGAGAUGAUAUAAUUCCCAUCCAACUUCAUGGGAAAGCGCCGUUCUCAUUGACCAUCAAUAUCAAACACUUCAACACCGGAAAGAGUGAUGUCAUUAAUAUCCCGCACGUUGAUUCCAGCAUCUUCAACUUUAGAAUCCCAAGCCGCGCUUUGACCCUUGGAAGCCACGCUGUUAGCGUCCUCAAAGUGAAGGAUGCUCGUGGAUGUGUACGAAAGACCACCGAGGGUCCCCACGUUAUGGUGGCUGUUGCUGAUAUGCCAACUAUCUCACCUUCCAGCCAACAAGCGAAUUACUGCGUCGGAGAUCGUAUAUCCUUCACGCUUUCGGGGGUCCCGCCUUUUGCCGUCGAGUACGAAUGGAACGGUGUUUUGAUGAAGGCACACAACCAACCUUCCGAGUUUGCCCGUGUAGCAGAGAAGCCUGGUAAUUUCACAAUUACGGGACUUCAGGAUUCCGCGAGUGACUGCAAGGUUAACGUUGGACUCACUCAAAUUGUUCGUGAGGUACCCUCUGUUCGAAUUAGCGAUGGUUAUACAGUGGUCAGGGGUAUUCCUGAAGGUAUUUGUCUCCUCUCUUAAACUUUUAGGCGACUGUUCUGACGAGUGAUAAUAGGUGACCAAGCUGAGAUUCACUUCGACUUUUAUGGCACCCCGCCAUUUACAUUCACGUCAGUAUUUAACUGUUUCAUCAUUUCUUAAAUCGGGGAUUAUAUCUAAUAAUUCUACUCCACAGGUAUACCCGCAGCGAGAUUGCCAAGAAGGGCUCUAAACCGAGAAUCCUUGAAAUGCAUUCACAAACUACGGACGGUUAUAAAUACAGCAUGUUUGCAUCCCAAGAAGGUACCUACGAGGUUGUAUCCAUUGAGGACAAUUACUGCUCCUACGCUGCAGGCAAGACGAAUUCAGGACGGAAAAGAUAGCGCGAUGAGGUGUUGGAGAUAUGGUUGUUAUUAAUAGUGGUUGGGUGGGCCGAGGGUCGGUUAGCAAUCCGCUUAAAGAAAUUGUACCAACAUGACGAGAAAAGGCGUAAAUGGUAGCGUUUGAUGUUUGAUGAUAACUAUUCUUGUGUAUACUUGUUUCUUUUCUCUUUCUUUCAUUCAUAUUUUUUCCCUGGGUUUGAUGGCAAAAUAUCAAGGGGAAGCAUAUUCAAUUUAG